AUUAUUUCCCCCGUCAUUCUUGCACCUUGUACACUGGCUUCUGUCGAUGUUUAACGACUAUACACACGCAGCGCAUUGAUACUGAUUUGAUCAGACGAGGAUGCGAUGACAAUUGCUGCUACUGGCUAGGCCAACACCACAUCAUCACCUUUUCCAUUACCUCCCCUCUCACCUAGACCAUGGCUCCCGCAAACCUCGCCGAUUACCUGGCCAAAAACUAUCUCAAUGCCUCUUCCUCCACCAAAUCCGCCUCCGACCCCAACUCUAAUUCCGACUUCCUCGAGUCGUCCCGACCAAAGAAGAAGCGGCGCAAGAAUAAAGACCCCAACAGCGAAAAUACUGGGCUUCUAAUAGCAGACGAUGACGCCGACCUGACAUUACGCACGGGAGGAUCAUCCCGCAGAAAGGGCAAUGAUGACGAUGACGAUGACAACGACACGCCCAUCUACGCCACGUCCGCACCAUCCGCCGAGUUUCGCAAAAAGAAAACAACCUCAUGGAAAGUCAUCGACGCCCCUUCAAACACCAACGCCAACACCGACGACGCCGAAGCCGAACGUAUCAUAUCUGAAGCCGCCGCCGAAUCUGCCGCUCGACGCCGUGAAAUCGACGAUGAAGAUGCACCCGCCGUCGUCGACAUUCCUCAGGAAACAUCCCAACCACGCAUGCAAUCCGGCGCACGAGCAGGUUUACAAACCGCCGCCGAUACAGCUCGACUCGAGGAAGAAGAACAGCAACGACGCGCAGCAGAAGAAGCACAAGUCGCCGAAGAAAAGCGGAAAUCCCGCAAAUCGAAAAAGAAACACGAUGGAGACGAUGAUGUUCCUGAAGAAGAACAAACCAUCUAUCGAGACGCCACAGGUCGACGUAUCGACUUGACAUUAAAACGAGCGGAAGCACGGCGCGCUGAACUCGAGAAAAUCGCCGCCGAGAAGAAAGCUCGCGAGGACGCCAUGGGUGAUGUCCAACGUCGCCAGAAAGAGGAACGAAAACAAGAACUUGAAGAUGCCAAAUUCCUCACGCUAGGCAGAAGUGCUGAUGACCACGAUAUGAAUGAACAAUUGAAAACAGUCGUUCGAUGGGAUGAUCCUAUGGCGGCAUAUAUGGCGUCUAAGAGGGCAGAGGAAGGAGAUGAUGUUGCCGAUGGAGAUGGAAGAGCCCGGAAUGGAAAGGGGGCUGUGACUAAGGGUGGUAAAACGAAGACUGUACAGAAGAAGGUAUAUCAAGGUUCAGCGCCACCUAAUCGAUAUGGUAUCUUACCUGGUUGGAGAUGGGAUGGUGUUGAUCGAGGUAAUGGAUUUGAAAAGGAAUGGUUCCAAGCACGUGGUCGGAAGGCUAGGAAUGAGGAUUUGAGUUAUCAAUGGCAGAUGGAUGAAUGAUGGUUUUACUUAUUGAUCUGACCAUAUGGUCUCUGUAUGGCCAGUGAGCAUUGGUUCAAGUUCCCUGUCUUGAUAGGCGAGUUUAACAAUAAAUUCAAGAUCAAUCCGAUACAUCAA